GAUUUGCUUGUGCAGUUCUAUCACGUAAUUUUCGAGAUCAUCAGCACAAAUACGCGAUAAUGAAACUUGAAACAAGGGAGCAUAGAACAUCAGAAAACUACUUAAUCCAGUUUGCCGAUCAAUUGAAACUUGGCGAUUUUUACUUGGGGUGGAAUAGAGUCAACCACCGAAGGAGCAAGAGAAAAUCAACCAAAGCUGGUCAAGCUUGGAAAAAUGAGUCCUCCACUGCAAAAAAGAGAGGCCCCGUAGCGGCACGAAAGGCUAGAAAAACAGACAGUAAAAAAUCCGUACUUAGGGAGGCCAACAAAAAACGGCGACCCCCACGCAGUCGGACUAAGUCAUCUUCCUCUCGGCUUCCAGAGGCAACGGUAAACGGGAAGACCGACGCGCCGGCGGCCACCACAACGAAAGCCGCCCUGUCGGCCCCGAAACCACAAGCCCCUCAUGCAGUGCAGACAGUCGUAAUGCCCAAAUUGGCAGCGAAUCCGAAAAAAGCGAAGAGCGCGAGCUCCCUCUCCCUUCCGCCUCAGCCGCCUCUUCCCACCAACCCGGCGCCUUUGAUGGCGGGGAAACGCCUUGUGAAUCCAACCAUCCGGCUGAUUAGCGGCGAAAAGUAUCAGUGCAGGACCCCGGAGGACACCCCCCUCUACGAGUUCAAAAGCAUGCUCCGUCGGCUGAAAGAUCCCAAGGCGGGCGAAACGACAGACUUCAACAAUGCCUGUCAUUCCAUGCUCCUCGUGAUGAAUGGGGUGGUGCUGGAAGGAAAACAGGAGACGCGCCUGAAGGAUUUUAAUAUUACAGAUGAUUCAACCAUUUACCUUUUCCCAUGAAUAAUAACAGCUACUUGAAUUUGUGAUGGUUUAUGAAUAGACACAAAAAAAAUAACGUAGCGGGUUUUUCUUCCUUUUUCGGCAUAAUUCAAAUAGUUCACCAGGAUUUUUCUCAUAACUUUUGAAAACUUUACAGAGGCGUACAAAAUGGCCAAAAAAAAUGCGGGUUUACUACAAAA